UUUAUAAAUAUGAGCACAGUUUAAGAAAGGUUUGAUCUUAUUUAGAAAUUUAUCAAAUCACCUGGUACAGGAGGGAAAGAGUUAGAUAAUUCAUAAAAAUUGUAGCUUUAUGCUCUAUUUAAACAAGUAUCAUAAAUUUUUAUUUUUAGAUUUCUGAAGGGCCUUGCAAAGGUUCAGCUCCAAGCAAAUUAAAAGUAGUGGAGAGAGCUAAAUAUGAUGCUUGGAAAAAGCUAGGAAACAUUUCUAAAGAAAAAGCUCAGGAACAAUACAUAAAAGUAAUUGAAAGUGUUUGGCCAAAAUGGAAUGAAAAAGCAAAACUUUGAUCAAUAACACAUAUAAAUUUAAAACAUAGGAUGUUGU